AUCAAGCCAAGCGAGCAAGCCGAGUCUCUAAAUUAUCUCCGUUGGACUGUUCCGCAGCCCACCUCAUUGAAAUUUGUUAAAUAAAUAAGCUUUCAAAUAUGGGAGGAAUGCCUUUUGCAUGAUUGUCUUUAGAUCGUCUCUGUUUUAGGCUCCCUUUGCAGACAAUUAUAGCUACGAGAGUUUAAACUGACCCAGAGCUUCAAACUUAAUCAUGGGGAUUGCAAGGGCGCAAGAUGAAGAGAGUGAAAGAAGGGAGUUUGAAGACUUCAGGAAGACUUUAGUUGCUUUGGCUGCCACGGAAAGAAGCAAAGAAAAUGACGACUUCAAAGGCCUAAUGAGUUCCCAUAUCGCCGACCUUGAUCUUCAACUAGACAAGCUUGUUUGUGUGACCAGUGGCGUUUCUUUCCUUGGGCUUGCCUUAGUUAAUUGUCUUUUGCUCCGUGGAUACUCUGUUCGAAUCCUUGUGGAUAACCAAGAAGAUGUAGAGAAGCUGAGGGAGAUGCAAGUUUCAGGGGAGAUGAUGAUGGCUUGUAGCAAUAAAAUAUCAGUGGUAAUAGCUAAGCAAACUGAAAUCCAGGGGCUGAUGGAGGCCUUUGAUGGGUGUCGUGGAGUGUUUCACACCUCUGCUUUUGUUGAUCCUUCUGGCAUCUCUGGUUAUUCAAAAUCCAUGGCUGAAAUAGAAGUGAAGGCAAGUGAAAAUGUGAUGAAGGCAUGUGCAAGAACAUCUUCUGUGAGGAAUUGUGUGCUCACAUCUUCACUUUUGGCCUGCAUAUGGAGAGACAGCUCCCAACAUGAUCUUCCCCUUUUGGUUAAUCAUGAUUCUUGGAGCAAUGAAGCACUUUGUAUGGAGAAAAAGCUCUGGUUUGCAUUGGGGAAGCUGAAAGCAGAAAAAGUUGCAUGGAAAAUAGCUGAAGAAAUGAGCUUAAAACUGACCACAAUCUGUCCAGGACUCAUUACAGGCCCUCAAUUCUCCCAUAGAAACCCCACAGCAACUAUAGCUUAUCUUAAAGGGGCUCAAGAAAUGUAUGCAAAGGGAUUACUAGCCACUGUUGAUGUAAUUAGACUGGCUGAGGCUCAUGUAGCUGUGUUUGAGGCAAUGAACAAAACAGCAUUUGGAAGGUACAUUUGCUUUGAUCGAAUCAUUGCAAGAGAUGAAGAAGCUGAGAAGCUGGCAAGUGAAAUAGGGAUUCCUCCUAACAGGAUUUGUGGGAAUUCGUUGGAAUUUAUUCCAACUCACUUUGAAUUGUCAAACAAGAAACUUAACAAUCUUAUGUCAAGAACAAUCAGAAACUGGCAUGGCCAAAGUUUACCCUAGUGAACUUUCCACUUUUGGUUGUUUUUUUUUUUAAUAUAAUCAAGUAUCCUUUAUGUCC